AACUGGGGUGAAGGUACACUACUAAUUCGAGCACCACAGCCACAAGUACAGAGGAAAAAGAGUGAACCUGUGCGUCUGACGAUUUACAUUGUCUUUGGAUCGGUGUAGGUAAAAUAUCAAUGUCUGGAUUUUCUGCCUUCUGCCUGGAAUUCUGGAACUUGUGGGAAAUCCACCGGUCUUUAACAAUCUUCGGAGCUGAAUAAACAUUCGGGAACUAUAACUAUCAAACUUGGACAUCAAGAUUGUCACUUUGAACAUUUGUGACAAUCUAUUCUCAUCCCUAGCAUUUUGGCUUCGAACAACAGAAUAACAGUGAAGUCUUUUCAAACUAUUUUUCUGGAAUACUGGGUUUAUUUUAUGAUCUUUGGAAUAACCCUCUGAUUCACUGUGGGACCUAAUCGGGAACUGGAUCCCUUUUACAAUCUUGACUGAUUCUGGAAUACUGGGCACAAACCUUCAAAUUGACAUCUUGUAGAACUGUAAACUGAUCUGACUUCUGAAGUAAGUUUCCCAUUAUCUCCUCAAACCCUCCCAAUGGCUCAGUCAGGAUCCUGCCCUAACCCAGACUUCUCAUACGGCACCAUUGUCUACGGCCCACUAGAUAUAUGUUCAGACCUGAAUACCCAGAGAGGAACAGAGCAUGAGGAUGGAGACGAGGAUGAUGAUGAGGUGGAAAUAGCCGAGGAAGUAGGGGAGGAGGUUCUGAUCAUGACCGAAUCAGAAGUGGGGCAAUCUGAAGGAGAUAGCAGAGAACCGAGUGAAAGGGGGGAAGUGAGGAUUACCCAAGGGCCGCUGUUAAUAAAUGAAGUGAUACAAGAGGAGGAGGAAGAAGGUGCAAAACUGGAGGAAAAUGGGAAGGCGGGAGUGGAAGUGGAGGAUGAAGAGCAAAACAUUAUAGAAGAAGAGACAAGAGAAACCGAAGCUGAGGGAAAGGGAGAACUAAAGUCAAAAAGCACAAAGACAAUGCUUGAACACCCCUGUCACUUUUCUGAAUUAAUUAAGGUUGAGGAACUUCAAGAGCAGUUAUUAAGCAGCAACAAGGAAGAGGAAGGAGACAAAGAAAAUGAAGAAAACAAACACGAAGCAAGUUUGGAAACACAUGUAAGGGAAGAUAAGACCCCUGACAGAGAAAACUGGUUAGAAGACCAAAAGAUGGAGUCCACGUCUUACAAUGCAGAGCAAGUUCAACACUCAGGUUGUCUUGGAGAAGAACCAGGAGACGGUCCGCAGUGUUCAGAUAACUUGGACAAUGCGGAUGUUGUUACUUCAUCCACCAAUGGGGAUGUAACAGAAAGCUUUGAGUACUCAGCAAUAUAUUUGACCCCUGUUAUCACAGAGAUAAAAGAGCAAGUGAACUAUCAGGAGGAUCUAUGCCAAACCUCAACUGUUAAAAACAGUAGCAUAUCCUUUGAUAUCAAUCCUGUAAUUGAACUGGUGGCCAAUCAGACUAACCAAUUAAUUAGUGAGGAGAAUGGUGACAGGGAAAACACUGCUGAGAAGGGCUACGCUGAAUCCAGCAAAACAGAAUUUGACAACAUGAAUAAUCUGAUCGAUAGGCAGCAUGAGGAUUGUAAGGAAGCAAAGGUUGAUGAUAAGGCAACAUACAAGUUUGUGGAAAAUAAAAUGACCUCUCCUGAUGAUGUUGUAGAGAUAGUGGGUGAAGUAAAUCAGGUAGAGACACUAAAUUUUGACCUUGAAGAACAGGAACGGAAAGAAGGAGAGAUUAUGGAAACAAGGAUAGUAGGUAUCAACAAAAAGGAGCAAGACGAGAAAGAAGUGCAAUAUGUUGGGAUUAAUAUUCUAAAAGUGAUGGAUGGGAGUGGACAAAGUAAAGAAAAGGAUGGGACGAAGGGUGCUAAAGAUAUUAGAGAGUCAAUGGGGGAAGAAGAACUCAGAGGAAGAAUUGAUCUAAAAAAUCUAAAAAUGCAGGAAGAUAAAGUUGAAAACCAGGCUGAUCGGGAUCCCCCAGAACAGGUACCGCAGAGUGCGGAGGAGGUACCAUUAGGCAUGCAACAAGAUGUGGAACUGGAAGUCUUUGAAAAGGAGGAAGGGGGUGAAGAUCUACCUGAUAUCCCUGGAGGAGAGGUUACAUCAGACCAGAAUGAGUCCACAACAGAGCAAGAAUAUCCUUUAGAGCUCCUCAAAGAAGAAAAAACAGAUUGGGAAGAAAAGCUACGAGAUGCAGCCCUUGUAGAAGACGAGAAGGGAGCAGAAGCAGAAGAACAAGCAAUGGAGGGAGAUUUAGAAAUGGUGGAAGAGCCUGUGACUGUUUUAGAUGAUGAGAUUGAAGAGAUGGAGGACAGUCCAUCGACGAAAGUUAAAGAACAAAAGCCUGCCUCUAUAACACCUCAUUCUGAACACACCGUAGUAGAGACAAUGGAUCCAGAUCAUCAAGAAUCACAAGAAGAGCAGCUUGAACUUGCUCCAGAGAAAGAUGAGAAAAUUACAGGUGGAAAAGAAGAGCAAGAUAAGAGUGACGAACAGAGACAGGAAACGGUAAAGAAUGACGACAAGCAGAGAGAUGGAGAGAUAAAGAAGGAAGAAAAGCAGAGAGAUGAAGAGGAAAAUCAAGAGAAGAGCGAGAAACAGAGAGAUGAGGAGGGAGGGGUUGAGAAAGAAGAUAACAAACAAAGUGACGAAGAACAACAGAUAGAGAAGGACAACAAGCUAAAAGAUGAAAAAGAAGAUAUAGAAAGGGAUGAAAAAAACAGGGAGGAAGAAGAAGAUAUGGAAAAGGAGAAGAGGUCAAACAGUGGCAAUAUAGAAGUAGAGUUAGAUAUAAAUGGAAGAGUUAAAGGACUGAAACAAGCAAUGGAGAACGGGAUCUUGUGUCAGGAGCCGGAGCCUGUCAGGGUGGAAGAAUGGGGGAUGGCUAGAGUGUUGCCUUCCAGAAAAAAGGAUAGCGACUGGAGCAAAAGAGUGCAACCAGAGGAAGAGAGAGCCCCAGAAGUGAAACUCUGGAGGAAUGAACUGAAGUCUGUGAAAAAAGAUGUCCUGGAAUCUGAGAGGGGAAAAGUAGAGGGAGAGAAAAGUCCUCCAAGGAAGGAGGAAUGGAUAAAGGAGCUGAAGUCAGUGAUCAAACACGAUACUCGGCCCAAGAAGAGGGACGAAAAGGCAAAGGAAAAGAGAGUGGUGCUGUUGGAGGAUGGCCACUCAUACAUCCCCCAGCGGGAGGAGAUCAACGAGAAGAUAGAGGAGGUGAAACUGAUGUCCCACAGGAGGAUGGAGAGGCCUUUGGCACCUGUGCGUGGGAACAGGAACACACCUCUGGACCAGGACUACGAGAUCUCCCUGUAUGUCAAGGCGGGAAGUGACGGGGAGAGCAUUGGCAACUGUCCAUUCUCUCAAAGACUCUUUAUGAUCCUGUGGCUUAAAGGUGUCAUCUUCAACGUCACCACGGUCGACCUCAAACGGAAGCCGGCUGACCUGCAGGACCUCGCCCCUGGAACAAAUCCUCCUUUUGUGACCUUCAAUGGCGAAGUCAAAGUCGACGUAAACAAGAUUGAGGAGUUCCUGGAGGAGAAACUGACCCCACCUCGCUACCCCAGACUGGCUGCCAAACAUCCUGAAGCCAAUACAGCGGGAAUUGACGUGUUCGCCAAAUUCUCAGCAUACAUCAAAAAUCCAAGAAAAGACACCAACGAUGCCUUAGAGAAGACCUUGCUGAAGUCUCUCCGGCGUCUUGAUGACUUCCUGAGAACUCUCCUGCCGGAGGAGAUUGAUGCUGAUGCCUCAGGGGACCUGCCUGAGUCUUCCAGGAGCUUUCUGGACGGGUCGGAGCUCACCCUGGCUGACUGCAACUUGCUGCCCAAACUACACAUCCUGAAGGUGGUAGCCAAGAAGUACAGAGGUUUUGAAAUCCCAGCCGAGAUGACAGGGCUGUUGAGGUAUUUAAACUGCGCCUAUCAGAGGGAAGAGUUCACCAGCACCUGCCCCGCUGAGAGGGAGAUCCACUUUGCCUAUUUGGAUGUUGCGAAACAAAUCAAAUAGGAGCAAGAGUUGGAAAUGACUGAAACAAGGGGUAAACCAUGGAAAAGUAUAUCAUGUGUGUCUGUAGGUAGUACGACAAGUAGACAAGAAGCAUGACAAGAGAGGUGAGGGUCAAGAAGAAGUAGGGAAUGGAGAUUACUCGUGUAAUUAGAGCUCCAGGUUGUAGACUAGGCAAUGACAUAAUAAUAUCUAUUAACUCGCAACUUCUAACUGAAAUAUCGCUCCAUCAGUUAGAAGUGGAGUCCUGAUUACCUGUGUUACCUGGAGUGUGUACUUGUCUUCUGUGUGUGUGUGUGUGUGUGUGUGCUCUCACAGGUUGGGUUGCACAGUCAUCUACUAAAUCCGUACCGUCCUUAUUUUGACCAAAAUAAUCAUUUAACAACCAGUAAAGAGAGAGCUUGUGUAAUGAUUAUCAGUUUCACCUUUCAGAAGAUGGCCGGUCCACUUUCAUUACAAAAACAAAAUAAAUAGCACAAUAAACAAAGUUUAGCUCAUUUAACAGGGUUUGGUUUACCUCUUGUUUUAUAUUUUGAAUCAGAACCUUCAAUAUAUACAUGUUGAAAUCAAAGAACAUUACGUAUACUGACACAAAAAUAAUUAAUUGUUUAUGUGGGGUAUAUGUUAAUUAGUGAGCUUUAGAUAUGCAGCUAAAGUUAAGCUUUAAAUUAAAUGUGAAGGCAUUUCUUCACAUCUGUUGCCUAGCAAGAAAGAAAAUAACAAUAUCUGCCCUCCUAAUACCCCCCUCGUAAACUCCUAAUUCAUUCUGAGCUUUGGAGUUAAAGAUAUUAUGAAGUCUAGUAACCAUGACAUCCAAUAUUUACCUGUGUGUGGGUUUUGACAAUCAUGAUGUGAAUGCAGAGGAUCUUUCAAAGCCACUAAAGUUUUCCAUCCAGUGUUUUGCUGGUUCAUAGCCGAGGCAGAAAAAUGAUUAACCUGACAAAUAUCUUAGGCUAAGCAUGUGUGGGCUUGGAUCAUGUGUUGGACAGAACAACCUGUACUAUCGAGAGACAAGCCAACCGAUAAAUACAAAAUCUGUACAAAAACAUAAUCACUGUGAGACUGAAAAUACAAUCACUACAAUGCACCAUGACAAGAACACUUGUGUUAGCAGGGCCGGGUCUAGACAGGCAUGUAUGAGGGGGCAGCCACAAAUCUUGAGGGGGCAUUGUGCUUAGUUUAUGUGCUUAGUAGAUUUAGUUUGAGGGGGCACAACAUUUAUUUGAGGGGGCCAGGCCCCCUCUUGCCCCUGCCUAGACCCGGCCCUGUGUGUUAGUAUCACCAGACUAAAGCACCAGCUAUAGAGCCACCACGUUGAGGACAUUACGUCCACAUCAAAGCACGGCAGGACCAGAUAGAGCUGCACCAGAACCAGUCCUCAUAUGACCUCAUGACGUUGUGUCUCACUUCGGCCUACAAAUACAAUGAUACCCUACUAGUUGGUUUACUAUCGCAUCAUCUGACUGUCGAAGAUGGAUUUGAGGUCAAAUCAAGGCACACAGGUCAAUUGGAGGAGCUUUGUCUACUUGUACAUUGUGCAAACAGUUCAAUUGUACAGACUGUGUACUCUAUGCCAAUGCAAUGACACCAUGUCCUCAGGUUGUGAUCAUCGAUGAUAUCCGGCCUUUGGUAUUUAAUGAUAAUAACUGAGUGUGGGCAGGCCUGGGAGCUGAUUGGUUUGACUGGCGAGGAUGACUUUGUUAUGUACUUGUUCUGAGAAUGCAGCUAUAAUCCAGUAGUCACAUACCCAGAGUGUCCCUGCUCCUGUAGCAUAAACAUUUAUGUCCCCUGAGAAUCACUAUUAUCGGUUGAAUACAGUGCCUCCUGUCAUGGUCAUUAGCCGUUUCUAAAAAUGAAAAUGAUGUUGUGUUGGUCUAGUUUGUUUAGUUUUAAUCGAUUUGGUUAACGGCUUUUGGGGACACAGUUCUAGAUCCCUGGAAUACAGCUAUAUUUCUGGCCUGGUAAAUCAUUAGUUUGAUUGAUGGGAAGAAGUGGUUUGGUGUGUUUUUUUUUCAACCAAACUACAACCUUGAUAGACAUCUUUGUGGGAGUUGUCGCACCAAACACAGCCUGCUGUGCUCUGGCCUUACAUCCUCCCUGGGGAGAAUCUUUAAUAAAACUGAUUUAUAUCACUAA